GGCUACCUCACGGAACUCACAAGCUUUGCACCAACUAGUUGGCACGCAAAUAACACUAGCGAAUGAGGCAACAAGACAGCUUCUGAUAGGCCGGAAGAUCGCCCUUGAGGCUUACAGACAUCCGCUCUCCCGGAAAUAGCUGCUUCAUUCGAGGAUUGCAAGCCACCAAGCUUUGUUUCCUUGCUCAUAUCAUCUCAUUUAAUCCUUCCACCCGAAAGCAGACGAUCCUCGCAAACCAAAACCGCAACAACCAAACAGUAAAGGUAUCCAUCAUGACUCUGAAAGUUCUCAUUGUCGGUGCUGGGGUAUCUGGUUUGACGACCCUGAAAGAAUGUCUCGCGGCUGGUUUCGAAGCAAUAAUAUUCGAAGCCCAAGGCCACAUCGGCGGACAAUGGCAAUAUACAGAUCCCGAUCCCGUAACAGGAGAAGUGCACUCCUCCAUCUAUCAAGGCACCAUCUUCAACUCUUGUCGUGACACAAGCAGUUUCAGCGAUUUUCCUAUGGAUCCUGCUAGUUACUCCGUCUACACUGGUCACAAGCAAUUUGUGCAAUAUCUGCAUGAGUAUGCAACAUUCUUCAACCUGAUGUCGCACAUCAAGUUGGGCACCAGGGUUAUGAAGUGCGUACAGCUCGAGGGAGGAAAGUGGGAAAUCACAUCUUCGGCGGAAGAAGGCGCCAAGACAGGGACCUACGAUGCACUUUUUGCUUGCACGGGCCACAAUACAACGCCUUUCAUACCUCAAUUCCAAGGACUAGCAGAUUUCAAGGGACAAUUCAUCCACAGCCAUGUAUACAGAACACCUGGAGCAUUCGAGGGGAAGAAAGUCGCCGUGAUCGGUGUUGGAAGUUCAGCCGUGGACAUCGCCUCAGAACUUGCUCCUCAAGCCAAAGCGCUCCACGUGAUCACCCGGAAAGGUGGCUGGAUCAUACCACGCUUUGUCUUCGGCAAGCCAGUUGAGGCAUUCGAUAGUAGAUUUGCAGCAACUGUUCUGCCAUCAGCUAUCACCAAAUGGGCCCAGACAAAGCUGUGCAAUCUCUUCAUAGGCGAUCUUCCACCUAAACUCAAACCCAAACAUGGGAUCCUUAAAGCAAAUCCGACAGUCCGGAGUGACUUCCUCGAGAAAAUCCACGUCGGCCUUAUCACACCGCACCGUGCUGGCAUAGAAAAAUUUGCGGAGAAGGGGCUUUUGUUGACCAAUGGCAUGGAGUUGGACGUGGACGUCAUUAUUGCUUGCACAGGCUAUCUUAUUGAAUUCCCUUAUCUUCCAGAGGACUCGUACAGAGCCAAGAAAAGUCUCUUUAUAGAUUCUCCCAAUUCAGUCAACUUGUACGAAUUGGUUACUCCGCCGAACUACCAGAAUUUGUUCAUCAUCGGCAUCCUUGAGUUGCCUGGCCCGCUUCCACCCAUGGCAGAAAUACAAGCAAGAUGGUCCGUUGGGAUCUUAGCUAAGAAAUUCAAUCUCCCAACUCGCGAACAAAUGUCCAAAUCAAUCGAACAGUUCCAACAACACCUCGCCAAGAACUACGUCCACUCAGACCGGCACACCGUCACCAUUGAGCCCUUCCAAUAUGCCGACCGUCUCCUGCGGCCCCUGCACGCAAACCCCUCCUUCAGCGCACUCUUCCGCAAGAUCUUCACGUCCAAUCCCUUUCGUGCUCUGUCAGUGUUGAAUGCGGUGUACAUGAGUAUCCCGUCGAGUGGGCAGUUUCGGUUGUUAGGUGAGGGAGCUGAUCAGGAGAUUGCUGUGGCGUCGAUAUUGAGGAUUGCGAAGGGGGCCAGGGAACUCAGCAAGGAGGAGAAAGAGGCAUUGAGGAAAAUGAGGGAGGGUGCCUCUGUCCCUUAGAUUGGUUUUAGGUCUAGAAACUUCUUCAGGGGGAAAUUGUCUUGUCAUUGUAAGAUUAUUUCGGGGUAGGAAGUUGUAAGCCGCCGGGUGAGAAGAGGUUCAGCAUCCUCCGCAUUCUGCUUUUCCUCCCAGUACCCCCCCCUCUCUAGGCUUUCUGGGUGCAAACAAUGUCUGCAGUUCGCAUCGCACACAGCAAUUCAAAAUUUUGUUCUCUG